GAAUUUGCGUCGCUCGCUUUCGUACUAUCUCCCUUCUUCAAAUACAAUCUCAGCCUACUCACCCACCGCAAUGGUGUUGUGGAGUUCACCGAACCGGAGAUCCGUAUAGACGUUGGGUUUCCACAAGGCAGCGAAAACCUCCUCUUCUUUGAUAUCGAGCUCAAAUUCGAUGAUCAGGACUUCACUGAGCACUAUAACAGAGUUCCUCUGAUACACUAUGCACGCCACGAGGUUCUGGAAAAGGAGAGUCGUUUGGCCGUCUAUGUACGCCCACCGAAGCCAGGUGCGUAUAUACUGUCCAUAUACGUCAAUGCCACGGAGAGCGAAGUUGCUAUCGCCUGCGACGCCACAGAAACCACAGACAAUCAUUACAAAAAAGUGUGCGAGUACCGUCUGAUAGCGAAGGUUUCACCCAAUGCCUGCCUUUCACCCUUCCCGCACGAGGGCUCUGAUGGAUACGGCCAGAUGGAGGUAGGUCUUCUUCUUCUCCUUCGUUUUUCACAUUUUUGA